AGCGCUGAGUGCCGCCAGAUGGCAGUUUAGGACAGCGUGUGUAGUGAGAGGCGCGGUUCCGCUUCACCUCGAAUUCACAAUAAAAUAUAAAGUAGUGUUUGAUCGGGGGUCGGGAAUCUGGGAUCGGGAAUCUGGGAUCGGGGAUCCGGGGCGAACAGUGCGGCGGGAGCAGCAGAUUAAUGUGGUGUGAGUGGAUGGAGGUCUUCACUCACUCUGACUGAAGUAUACUGAAUCUCUGCUGAAGCAGGAGGUGGUGUGUAUCAGCCUGAAUCCUACUCUGGAUCUCAAGUGUCUACAGUAAAGCUUUUUAUUCACAACAGAGCCACAAUGAUUAACUCGGAGUUCCCUGUUUUACAGGACUCAUCAAAUGAGUCUGGACAGGGAGACACAGUGAGUCUGAGUCUCAGUGUCAGUGAGCUGGAGGACACUGGCGAGGGAAAGGGGAAGAAGAAGAGAGGACGGCCAGGAAGACCCCCGCAGGCAGCCAGCAAGAAAGCUCGUAAGUCUCCAGUGGACAAGGGGGGCAGGAGGCCGAACGGCAUGGCGCAGCAGAAUGGAGACGGAGGAGAUCCUUCUACACUGUUUGAGGUGGUCAAACUGGGCAAGAGUGCCAUGCAGUCCGUUGUUGAUGACUGGAUCGAGUCAUACAAACAGGACAGAGAUAUGGCUCUGCUGGAUCUCAUCAACUUCUUCAUACAGUGCUCUGGGUGUAAAGGUACUGUAAGAAUUGAGAUGUUUAGGAAUAUGCAGAAUGCAGAAAUCAUCAGAAAGAUGACUGAGGAGUUUGAUGAGGAUAGUGGAGAUUAUCCGCUCACCAUCGCCGGGCCUCAGUGGAAGAAGUUCCGCUAUAACUUUUGCGAGUUUAUCGGUGUUUUGAUUCGUCAGUGUCAGUACAGUAUUAUAUAUGAUGAGUACAUGAUGGACACCGUCAUCUCUCUCCUCACCGGCCUGUCUGACUCUCAGGUCCGAGCUUUCAGGCACACCUCCACUCUCGCAGCGAUGAAACUGAUGACUGCAUUGGUGAAUGUUGCACUGAAUCUCAGCAUCAACCAAGACAAUACACAGAGGCAGUAUGAGGCUGAGAGGAACAAAGUUGCUGGGAAAAGAGCCACAGACAAGCUGGAGCUACUGCUGGAAAAGAGAAAGGAGUUGCAAGAGAACCAAGAUGAGAUUGAGAACAUGAUGAACUCCAUCUUUAAAGGAAUAUUCGUUCAUCGCUACAGAGACGCGAUUGCAGAGAUCAGAGCGAUCUGCAUUGAGGAGAUCGGUGUGUGGAUGAAGCUGUACAGCGACGCCUUUCUGAAUGACAGCUAUCUGAAGUAUGUUGGCUGGACAUUACACGACCGGCAAGGAGAAGUCCGACUCAAGUGUCUUAAAGCACUUCAGACGCUCUACACGAAUCGUGGUCUUUUCCCCAAACUGGAACUCUUCACCAAUCGCUUUAAGGACCGGAUUGUGUCUAUGACUCUGGAUAAAGAGUAUGAUGUAGCAGUGGAGGCGAUUCGGCUCGUCACUCUGAUCCUGCAUGGCAGUGAGGAUGCUCUCUCUAAUGAAGAUUGUGAGAAUGUGUAUCACCUGGUUUACUCCGCUCACAGGCCCGUAGCUGUGGCUGCAGGAGAGUUCCUCCAUCGGAAGCUGUUUAGUCGACACGACCCGCAGGCGGAGGAGGCUCUGGCUAAACGGCGUGGCAGGAACAGCCCUAAUGGCAAUCUCAUCAGAAUGCUGGUGCUUUUCUUUCUCGAGAGUGAGCUUCAUGAGCAUGCAGCAUAUCUGGUGGACAGUCUGUGGGACAGUUCUCAGGAGCUGCUGAAGGACUGGGAUUGUAUGAUCGAGCUGCUGCUGGAGGAACCAGGACAGGGAGAGGAGGUGCUAGGAGACAGACAUGAGAGCGCUCUGAUCGAGUUAAUGGUGUGCACCAUCAGACAGGCAGCUGAAGCUCACCCUCCUGUGGGCCGGGGAACGGGGAAGAGGGUUCUCACUGCUAAAGAAAAGAAAACCCAGAUUGAUGAUAAGAAUAAACUAACGGAGCACUUCAUCAUCGCACUGCCCAUGCUGCUGUCAAAGUAUCAGGCAGAUGCUGAGAAAGUGGCUAACCUCCUGCAGAUCCCUCAGUACUUUGACCUGGAGGUGUACAGCUCUGGGCGAAUGGAAAAGCACCUAGAUGCUCUGUUGAAGCAGAUCAAGCUGGUGGUGGAGAAGCACACAGAGACUGAGGUUUUAGAGGCUUGCAGUAAGACGUACAGUAUCCUGUGUAGUGAGGAGUACACCAUCAUGAACCGUGUAGACAUCGCUCGCAGUCAGCUCAUUGACGAGCUCUCUGACCGAUUCAACCACUCUGUGGAGGACCUUCUGCAGGAGGGGGAUGAAGCUGAUGAUGAUGAUAUCUACAGUGUUCUCUCAUCGCUAAAGAAACUCACUGCUUUCCAUAAUGCUCAUGACUUAACUAAAUGGGACCUGUUUAAAAACUGCUACCGGCUGUUGAAGAUGGGGAUAGAGCAGGGCUCAAUGCCCGAGCAGAUUGCAGUGCAGGCUCUUCAGUGUUCUCAUUACUCCAUCCUAUGGCAGCUUGUUCGCAUCACUGAGGGUUCUCCAUCCAAGGAUGACCUGCUCGCACUGAGAAGAGUGGUGAAGUCGUUCUUGGCUGUGUGUCAGCAGUGUCUGUCGAACGUGAACACUCCUGUGAAAGAGCAGGCGUUCAUGCUGCUGUGUGACCUGCUGAUGAUCUUCAGUCACCAGCUGACCACAGGGAGCAGAGAAGCCCUGCAGCCGCUGGUGUUUAAUCCCGACAACACACUCCAGAGUGAACUGCUCAGCUUUGUUCUUGAUCAUGUCUUUAUCGACCAGGAUGAUGAGAACCAGAGCAUGGAGGGUGAUGAGGAAGAUGAAGCAAAUAAAAUUGAGGCUUUACACAAGAGGAGGAAUCUGCUUGCUGCUUUCAGUAAGUUAAUUAUAUACGACAUUGUGGACAUGCCCGCAGCAGCAGACAUCUUUAAACACUAUAUGAAGUAUUAUAAUGAUUAUGGUGACAUCAUUAAGGAGACUCUGAGUAAAACCAGACAGACAGAUAAGAUCCAGUGUGCCAAAACUCUUAUUCUCAGUUUGCAGCAGCUCUUUAAUGAGCUGGUUCAGGAUCAGGGGCCAAAUUUGGACAGAACCUCUUCCCAUGUGAGCGGCAUUAAAGAGCUGGCUCGCCGUUUCGCUCUGACAUUCGGACUGGACCAAAUCAAAACCAGAGAGGCUGUAGCAACGUUGCACAAGGAUGGGAUCGACUUUGCGUUCAAGUUUCCGAACCCUAAAGGAGCGGAGUAUCCUCCACCCAAUCUGGCUUUUCUGGAAGUGCUGUGUGAAUUCUCCUCGAAACUCCUCCGUCAGGAUAAAAAAACUGUCCACUCAUACCUGGAGAAGUUCAUGACUGAGUAUAUGAUGGAGAGGAGGGAGGACGUAUGGUUGCCGCUAAUUGCCUACAGGAACUCUCUGCUAACGGGAGGUGAUGAUGAUCGCAUGUCUGUGACGACAGGCAGCACCACGAGCCGAGCCAGCACCGUACGCAGCAAGAGGGGUCGACCUCCGCUACACAAGAAACGCACUGACACAGCAGACGAGACCGUUGAUGGAUCAUGGGUGAUGCGUAACGACACUAUUCAGACUCCCGGGGGUCUGCAGACCCCGCAGCUCACAUCCACAGUGUUGAGGGAGAACCCACGCCAAGCAGCAGAACACGUCCCUGACCAGGACUCCUCUGAGCCUGGUUCUGAACCCGACUACAUUCACAAUUCACAGAUGCAGAUGUCAUGGCUGGACCAGCAGAAGAUGGAGGAGGUGAACAGGAAAGAGAGAGGAGGAAUGAACUACAUGAAGGCACGAAGUGGAGGAGUGCGGCAGCAAGUACGGGGUUUAAUGGAGGACGAUGCCGAACCCAUCUUCGAGGACGUAAUGAUGUCAUCACGUGGACAGUUGGAGGACAUGAAUGAGGAAUUUGAGGACACCAUGGUGAUUGAUCUGCCUCCAUCAAGAAACAGACGAGAGCGAGCCGAACUCAGACCGGACUUUUUUGACUCUACAGCAAUUAUAGAAGAUGAUUCAGGUUUCGGUAUGCAGAUGUUUUGAAGCAAAUGUGUACAUUGGGUGGAGAAUCACAACCAGCGAUGCUGUUCUUCAGUCACACAAAGCCGACGUCUUUUAUCAAAAUCACAAGUUCAUCAAUACUUUCAAGCAAAAAAGACUGAGAUGCUUUUCUCUGAUCCACUCCCACGUUUUUUCACACAGAUGAUCGUCCUGAUCGUGUUGGUGAAAAGCGCUGUGUUGAUGUCUGGUUUUCAUUUACUUGUAACAUCAGCUUUUUUCUUUUUUUUUUUUUUUUUUGUCCCCAUAAAUUUUAGUUUUUUAAAUCAAACCCUUUGUGUAUUUUAAGAGUUUAGAUGAGACUGUGUGAAACACUCGUGUACAUACUGUAUCUUUUGUGUAUGAUCAGUGUUCUCAUGUGGAGCCACACACACACACACACACACACACACACACACACACACACACACACACAGGGGGAAUGUGGAACACGCCAGGUCCAGACUGCAGUGUUUAAACUCAAACUGCUCCUUUUUCCUUCAUUCAGGAUGUAAACAAGUCACCACUUUACAUUUUAGUGCAUUUCUUUUGUAUUUUCUCUUUCUGGGUGAAAAUUUAGAUUAAAUGAAACUUUGUGUCUUGUGUUCCCGCAGUAGCACAUUUACGCUCCUGUGUGUUACAGAGACUCGAUGUGACAACCGACUAAGUUUCAUUCAGUCUCAUGUCAUUACAGAGUCAGACGCCUGGUUAGGACCGUGCCUAUAGAUCACACUACAUCUCUCUCGCUCUCUUACACACACACACACACACACACACACACACACACACACACACACACUCGUGUGCAUCACACAUUCAUUCCACAUUUUUACCUUUAAAGGUAUUUAAAAGGUAUUUUUAUUUCAAUAAAUUUGCCACAAAAUUGUAGUUUUUUUUUUUUGCCUCCAUGUUUUUUUUUUUUCUCAUGUCUCCAGACUUCAGCGUAAAUUGUUCACAUCCAGAUGAAACUCUAAUGUACACCGUUUUUAAUUUAGUUCCAAAUAAGUUCAUGUUUGGUGAGAUGUAGAAACUGUGCAUUAAGAAGAAAAUUCAGUGGGUUUUUACUGUUCAGGGUCAAAACCUGGUUCAUAUUUUCAGGACAUUGUUCUCCUGACAUCUUGCUUGGAGUAUUGACUGAAUAGAUUUUAUGUAGAAAUCUACAUUUUGUUUCAGUGUUGUUAAGUAAAAACAAAUACAUUUUAAUAAAAUGAUUAUUCAUAAAA